AUGGCGCCAAUCGACGAAAUCUGCCCCGACUGGGUAUUCUGCAUCAGCUCAAACGUCCACGUCUGUCGUGACCGCGCCUGGUUCGUUGACUACACGCCCUUCUCCACGUACGUGUCCUGCGACCCCUCGAGCCCGGACCUGGGCGUCGUCGGCGUCGGCACCGUCCUCGUCCCCGUCGAAUCCACGCCCGGUGCCGCGGCACCCACGCACCUCCGGCUCGUGUCGGUCCUGCACGCGCCCUCGGCCCGCGUCAACCUCAUCGGCGGCAUGGCCGUCAUGGCCAACGGCGGCAGCUUCUCGCUCGGCGGCUCCCAGGGCCGUGGCGGCGGCGGCCUGUACGACGCCAGCGGGAGCCAGGUCGCACACUUUUCGAGGGACGCCGCCAACCCGCGCCUGAUGGCCGUCAAGCUGUGGGGCAGCUGGCCGUCGAGCAGGAUACAGCAGGGCGGGGUGGUCGGCGGCGGCGGCGGCGCCCAUUGGGCUUCGCAGGAGCGCGAGAGGUGGUGCCGCUUCGUCGAGCGGUUGAGGAUGCUGCAGCAGCAGGCCGCCCCAGCCGUGGCCACCAAGCGCAAGGCCUCGCUGGGCUGCUACGACGCCGACCCCUGCGGUCUCGAGGAGAGGCGGCAGUGCAAGCGGCAGCUCAACGGCGGCUACCGCCUGCCUAUGCAACAUUCGUUUCCUGAGACAAACAACAGCUGGGACACGAGGCAACAGGUCAUGUGGGAUGUCAUGGUCGAAUGA